CUAUCCAUUAAUCUAAGUGCAGUGUAGGCUAACAGCCACAAUUUAUCGGCCAUGAUUUCCGCUCUGACAGUCGCUGUGCCCAACCGCGCGCACUGCGGCACACUCGUUAUCGGCCGACUGCUACUCUCAGGCUUUAUCCGAAACCCUCGUUAUCUCGUUUAGAAUCAGUCAAAUACAGGCUAGUGCAGCGGUUUUACAACCCAGAAUACCAGACUGUAACACCGUCCAUUCUCUUGUGCCGACUACUUCGAGCUAUUCAAGUUAGCUAAACAGUAGACGUCACAGUCAGUGAUUCUGAAGUUUGAAAUGUCUAACGACCCUCCAUCUCCCGUAUCUUCACCACUUUCUUAUCUCGAGCUCGUCAAGAUAUGCGACAAUUUUCGCUUACCACCUAACUAUGGCUCUACUGAUGUCUUUCAAAAGCCUUCCGAUACAGACUCUUUCGUCCCGUGGACACUAUCACAGUCUCCAGGGAGUCCUGCUGUUGGGCUCUUGAGGCUCGACGUAGUAGAUCUCCUUCGAAAGGAGAAACCUGGGACGUGGGUCAUUCCAGAACCUCAGGCCGGGCACCGUGUCAGCUUUGAUGCAUCAGUCAACACCCCAAGAAAGCGCACUGCAGCGCUGAAAGAGCUCUGCGAGCGCUGGCGCGAUACUGGUGCAUUCCCUGCGAGCAUUGGGCCUCGGAAAUGGCGGAAUGAGGUGUACCCUGUGUACCGGAAUCCUUUUGGAGUGCACGACUACUAUCCUGAGAAUGAUUCUGACGAGGGACUAGGAAACUACGCCUUUGAGAUGGAGCGUGCUGCUUGUGCUCUGUUUGGUGUCAUAACCUAUGGGAUACAUAUGACUAUCUAUCAAGGGAUAGCCAGCAGCCCACAAGUGAAAAUUUGGGUCCCAACGCGGGCGAAGACGAAGCAGACGUGGCCGAGCUGGUUAGAUAACAGUGUUGCUGGCGGGAUACCCAGUGGCAUGCCUGUCUUCGAGAGUCUCGUCAAAGAGUGCGAGGAGGAGGCCAGUAUGAAAGCAGACAUCGUGAGGAAUCAUGCGAAACCCGUCGGAGCAAUCAGUUAUUUCUUCAGGAACAAAAUGCACUUCUUGCAACCAGAGGUCGAAUACAAUUACGAUCUCGAGGUACCACAUGAUACUCCGUUCCAGCCCCGCCCAUCAGACGGUGAGGUGGAGUCUUUCGAUUUGCUAUCGCUGGAUGAAGUGAAAUUCAAGAUGCGGCAGGGAAUCUUCAAGCCCAAUUGUGCUGCCGUCCUCAUCGACUUCCUUGUCCGACACGGCCACUUGACACCUGAUGAUGAACCCGAUUAUAUGGAGAUCGUCACGAGAUUACAUGGGAGAUUUGAAUAUGAAAGGUGGUGCCAACAGGUACGCAUAUAGACAAAUGUUUGUUGUGCCGUUACAAAUACUUGUGCGUUUGCGCGCGCACGUAUGGAAGCAUUACAUACCAAUGCGUGGAGACAAAGAAGUUCAAGACAGACCUCUAUCAUAUGUACAGUAGUAAGUUCUAGUAGUUAACUUGAUAGAACUGUAAAUGGAUAUGGCAUUUUUCGUCGAUCCCA